UGAGGAGAGGGUAGCAAUUUUUAAUAUUUUUAUAUAUGGAAAAUUUUCAAUUAUUCAAUCUUUCGCCCCCAAUUCGAUUUCAGAUUCAGUUCCUAAUCUCUCUUUCCGCUUCUCUCUCUCACACGUAACGAGGCACACACCAAAGUAACGGUGGCGAACCCAAAUGCAAUGGCGACGGCGUCAGAGCCCUCCGCCUCCGCCGCAGACGACGAGGAACGCCGCCGCUCCCUUCAAAUCGAGUCUCUCCAUCUCGUGGACUUCCGCCAACUCUCCCAAUCGGAGCUUUACUCGCUCUCCCUAACCUCCUCACCCGCCCNCAUUCCCCUUGACGAAGAAAACUCCAAAAUCAUAGAAAUGCUUCAGAAGCUCUUCGGCGUGGAGUCUCUCCGCACCGCCGCGCGAGACGGCGGGGGAGGAGGCAGCAGCGUAGGCUAUAACGCACUCGUCCCCUUCCAGGGGGAGUUCAAGUCACCGGAGCCGAACGUCUUCGCGCUCCAGAACAUUCCGAUCUGCGACGUCGCGGACGAUAGCGCGAUGAAGAAGCGGAAGCGAGGGCGGCCGCGGAAGAACGAGAAUUCGAUGGCGAUUGUGCCAGUAGCAUCGCCUCUUCCUCCGCCGCCUCCACCGAAGAAGAAGGAAGAUGGUGAGGGUUUUGUUGACCCGGUUUUGGAAGAGGUGAAGAAGAGGACGGUGGGGUUAGAGAAUGAGGCUCAGGUUGUUGAGUUCUUGGAGGGUUUGAAGGGAGAGUGGAGUAGUCAAAGGAAGAAGAAGAUGACUGUCGAGGCGAGUGAGCUUGGUUCUUUCUUGCCGGCUGGGUGGAAGGUCUUGCUUUCUGUCAAGAAGAGAGCCGGUCGUGCUUCCAUUGUUUGUCGCCGUUACGUAAGCCCUUAUGGGCAGCAGUUUGAGUCGUUCAAGGAAGUCUCUGCACACUUGCUUUCGUUUUGUGGAGAAGAUAUAAAUAUUGUAAAAUCUAGUUAUCCCGAUGACAGUCCGCAGUAUAAUAUCAAUGUGCCAUCUGGAAGUCAGGUUCUUUGUUACGGCCCUGCUGGAGACGUAAAGCCUGAUGCUGAUGCAAGCUGUCUAAGUUUAGCUAGAACAUCUGUAGAAUCUCACCAUAAAACGCAAGUUAGUGUUCCAUCAUCAACUGAAAGAGAGAAGCUAAACACUCUGAAUGAGAAUUCCAGUAGCUCUUUGGCUGGGGGUUGUAAAUUAGGAGAUUUUAUUGGUGGAGUCUUUGACUAUCAAACUGCAAAUUAUCGAUCCAUGAUGGAUGGUACCCAUAAUGUAAAUUCAGUUCGCGGAUGUUCAAUUGAGGAAGAUAGAGUUCUAAAUCAGAACACGGUUGAUAUCAUUGAAGUUAGUGGUGCUGCCUGCAAUCCUAUUCCUUUGGUUCUCCCAACUCCUGUCACCAAUAAUGAGAGUGGUAUUAUUCAACAUUGUGAUGAAAUGAAUUCUGUGACGUGCAUAAGAAAUGGUGUUAGUGAUUUUAGUACCAAAUGCCAUGAAACUGCUCCCUGGGGAAAUGCACAAACACUUGUUGACAACAAUGGGGAUGGUGUUUCUGAGAGACUAGUGGAAGAUGAGCAGAAUGUAGGUUCUGGAAGCAACAGGCCUUUUCCAAAUGCUGAGGGGAAACGGUUUAUAGGCAACAAUUUAGAGAUUAGUGAUGGAAAGCUUGCUAAGGAUGACAAGCAACACAUUUUGUGUAGUGAUCAGUCUGAAGUUAAAGAUGUUUCUAGUAAUUCUCAAUUGCAGAGUAGUUCUGAUGGAUUUUCUCUUCCUCCAUCUCAGAAAGAAAUGAAACAUUUUUCUAUAAAUAGUUCAGACAGAAUGCAAAGUUUUAUGCUGACAGAGUCUGCUAUCGGAGACUGUUUUGACGGUGAAUUAUUACCUAUUGACAAGAGAAUUUCCCUUCCCACUGGCCACACAAAUAAUGUUUCUUUAAGCACGUGCACAGAAGGUGCCUCUGACUGUGGUGGGGUUGAUGUUGCCCCUAAUCUUUCAGUAGGAAAUAAUGUCAAUGAUAAUCACGAUCCUCCAACUGUUGAGCUUGUGACAAGCUUUGCAGAGGAAAAGAAUCCAUUGAAUGACCAAAAUCACAGAAUAGACUAUUUGUUGCAGACAAGUUCGAAAUGUAACUUACUAACUCCUCCUGAUGAUGAGCAACCCUCGAUUUUUGAAAAUCUGUAUGAUAUUUCUGCUGGUACCUUUGAUGCUGCUUUCAUGGAGCCUCAAUUAGGGCUUGGUUCUCACAAUAAUGAUGUUGCAAUAGAUACAUAUGCUAAUGAAAGCAUUAUGCAGGGAACAUUGCAAGGUUGUGAAUCUGUUGCUCUUGGUAGCAGUGUUUUAAACCCAUUUGAUAAGCAAAGUGAUAAUGCAAAUAAAUCUUGCUUAUCAGAGAAUGCCAAGAGUGAGCAAGUUGACAUACUUCAAACCAACUCUAUGGGUAUGCCUGACUUUCAUUAGCAGUCAGAUAGUUCGGGUGCAGAUAGGCUGACUAACAAAUAUGCAGUGGAUUAAAAAGUUUCUGAAUUAAACAUGUAUGGUAGACUGGUAGUUCUGCAGAGUGCUCUGGUGGUAACCACAAGGCUCUGCUUGUAUAUUCUCAACUUCCUGUGAAGUGCGAUAGCCUAGAAAAGACAGAAAAUUGGUUGGAGGCAGCAUUAUUUUGUUGAUAGAUUCAGAAGUUUGUGCUGGUGGCAUCUCCAUUAGAGAUCAUUUUGCAGUUCUGGUGUGAUGCUUCUCAUGCUUCUUGCUAGUACUCAGAUGCUUGUUUUUCAAGAAGUUCCCUUUUGUUUUUUCAUUUUUGUAGACUGGUAUAAUGACAUCAAAAUUAGGUCUAUUCUAGAUGUUAGUUAGGUUGAUCAUAUGUUGGAGCUAUUCUUUCUACUAUUUUUUUUUUUUUUUUUGGAGAAAUUCCAAAUUACCUGAUGAUUUUGGUCUUUGACAAGAAAAUAACCAUUGCACCAUCCUAUUGAUAUUGUUUUGAGAUUCUU